CUCCUGGUUCAUUCGGUUAUGGCUGCCGUCAGGUAUGUGACUGUAUGAAUAACUCCACGUGUGAUCACAUGACUGGUACAUGUUACUGCAACCCAGGCUGGAAGGGAUCUCGCUGUGACCAAGCUGGUGUGGUGGUGGGCAGCCUCAACAGUUUGACCAGUACAGCCAUGCAGGUGGACACCUACCAGAUGGGAGCUAUAGCAGGAAUCAUUGUCCUGGUGCUGCUGGUGCUCUUUCUCCUCCUCCUCUUAAUCAUCUACAGGAAGAAGCAAAAAGGCAAAGAGCCCACCAUGCCAGCUGUAACCUACACUCCUGCUAUGAGGGUCACUGCUGAUUACACCAUCGCAGAUGCUCACCCACCAACCUGCGAGGCCCACCCGAGCAACUACUUCUCCAACCCCAGCUACCAUACUCUCACCCAAUGCAUCAGCCCCUCACAUGUUAACAAUGGUCCAUAUGGAAAGGCCAAGGGCAACCAACUGUUUGUGAAUUUGAAGAAUGUGGAUCAGAGAAAAAGGGAGCCUCUAGCUGAUCACACUGGCACACUGCCUGCAGACUGGAAACAAGGGGACUGCUUCAAUGAACUGGGAGCCUACGGCGAUGACAGGAGACACACUGGGAAAUCUUUACGAGAUCUGGUGAAGGGCACGCUUUAUCAUUCCAGCUCCUGUUCCCUCAACAGCUCUGAAAACCCAUAUGCCACAAUAAAAGACCCUCCCCUGCUGACAGCCAAAAACACAGAGUGUGGCUACGUGGAAAUGAAGUCACCUGCCAGACGAGAUUCACCAUACGCUGAGAUCAGCAACAGUGGCUCGACCAACAACCGGAAUGUCUAUGAAGUUGAGCCUACUGUAAGCACCAUCCAGCCAAAUGGAGACGGCAAUGGCCAUGGACAGUUUUGUCAAGAUCCGUACGAUCUACCAAAAAACAGCCACAUCCCCUGUCACUACGACCUCCUGCCAGCCAGAGAAAGUCCAUCCUCAGACCACAAGGAGCUAGACAGCGAAUGAUGGCACAGAUGGCACAUGAGGCCAGAUCUGACCUCCAGUCUGCAGCGCCAGCAUUGGAUGUUCCACGAACAGAUACUUUAUACCCACAACACACUUGUUUUCUUACUCUUAUACACUGAUAAUGACGUCUUUCUGAACAAAAUUGGCAUAUAGGAGGUGCUAUUAAGGUACAGCUGAUAUUUUUACAGCUACAAUUUGUAAACUGCAACUAAGUCUUCAUUGGUCAUUCCACAUGUCUGGGAGGUAAGGUCUUUCUGCCUGUUCUACAUAGCCUCAGUCAAAGGUGGGCUGAAAAGCCUGCUCUCAUAGCUUUCUUCUAACUCCCUCCCAAUCUCUCUCCAACUCUGUGUCUUAUGCAUGUCUUAAGCCUCAAGGUGACAAAUCGUGCAAAUGGCGAUAACACACACAUUCAGAUGGAGGUUAAGCACUUGUGAUGUUCACCUUUCCGUAGCUUUGCACACCUGGCCCAUCACUGCGUGAAAGUGAGCAAUAUGCAGCCCACCCAAUCCCAUAGUCAGAAAAGUGGUUCCAGAGCUUCCAGUACUUUGUUUCAAGCAUACUAAAGCCUUUCCAACAGGGCUACAGAGUGCGCACUGGUGCAACUAACAUUUCGCAGGACAAUUACUGUCAGCCGCAGCUCUGUCUGUGUGUCUCUCAUUUCCCUAAUUUGGCCUCCGCCUGUGACCCAGAAAUCUGUCUCAGCGCACCAUAUAGAAGGACAUCUCAAUUCCCUAAAUGCACCUCGAGGAUCGAGUAAUGAGAAGGCUUGCUGGAGGAGCUAUAAGCGAGGAUACACUGGUGUAUCCUUUGCGGAAGUGUUUUCGUCGACGUUUAAAAGACGCGUGACAUGCAGCUGGACUAUACAACCAACCCAUGGCCGGAGCAGGACUCUACAGUGUUCUUUUGUGUUCAUAAGUUGUGUUAGUUAUUUCAAAUGAUCAAAUGCGCUUCCCUUCAUCAUUUGUGUAGCGCCUCAUAAAGCGCUGUUAAAACUGCAUUCCUGAUGUCAGUUCACUUUGAAAUCACUGAU